CAGGAAAUUCCCGCCCCCUCCCUCCGCUGUAUGAAACAAACAAGUACAGUUUCACAACAGAUGUAGAGAGAUCUGAACUGAAGUGAACGAUGGCGGCGAGGAUUUUGGCAUUUUUCACCGUGUCACUCUGCAUUUCCUCUGUCUCUCCACGACACGACCCGAGUUCAAUUAAAGAAAUAUUCCGUAACAGAAGAGAGACCUGUGUGGAUGGCACCUACACAAUUUAUGGUCGGACAUGCUGUUUGUGCCCUGCUGGACAGCGGGUCGAGGUGGACUGCACUGAAAAUCCACAUGAUGGAAAAUGCGCGAUCUGUGAGAAUGGCACAUACAGCAGUGACCCCAGUUCUCAGAAAUCCUGUGAGAUCUGCACCUCCUGCAUACACCUCAAUGCUAAUUUAGAGGAGGGCCAAUCGUGUACUCCUGCCAGGAACAGAAAGUGUCGAUGCAAGAAAGGUUAUUUUUGCAGCACUGACGAAUGUACAAUCUGCAACCCUUGUAGCACAUGUGGCAUUGGUGGUAUUAAAGAAGACUGUGCACUCAGCACAGACACAGUCUGCAAUAGUCCUGCUGGAGCUAUUGCUGGAAUUGUUGUCCUGGUUGUUAUUCUUGUUAUUGGAGCCAUUGUUGCAGCAGGAUAUGUUGUAAUCGGGAGAAAGAUACGAGACAGGAAAAGACAAAAGGAGCAAAAAGAAAAAGGUGAAAGUGGAACUGAUGCCAAUCUACUUCUUAAAGAAAUUCCAGAUGUGGACAUUGGGCCUCUCUUGCCCGAUAUUGCCAAUGAGCUUGGAUGGACAGAUAUGAAAAAUAUAGCUAUCCGUAUGGGCGUAGGAAAUUGCAUUAUUGAAUCUUGUGAAAUAGACAACCAAAAUAACGCAGAGGAACGAACACUACAGCUACUGACGAGAACGGUGGAGAAGGAAGGCAAAGAGGCCCCAAGGAAACUGAUCCAAAACCUUGAAAAAAUGAACAAAAAGGGCAAAGCUGAAAAGAUCAUUGAUAUACUGUCAAAGCCCAACUCAGUCUAACAAUUAGGACAUUUACAUGAUAAAAUUUAACUUAAGGAUCGUAUCAUGGAUGAGUCAUUAUGUCUUUACUUCAACUUGUAAGUACAGAAUUUGAGAUUAGAUUGUGGAGGACUUCCAUGAUUUACAUCGUAGCUCUGUUGUCUGUCUUUACAUGUACAAAUACAUGUACAAAUACUACAUGCUGCCCAAUAUAUAGAAAAUGAAUAUUGAUAAUUUACUGUCACUCACCAAUUUACUUUUUAUGUGGGCAACAUUUUUUUUCCCAAAGUGCCACACACACUGUAUAACUGAACAGACCCGUUAUCUGUUGCAACCCACUGUCGAGUGUGCCACCCAGAGUGAAUCACUGCACACUCGACAGUGGGUUGCAUCACACAACUGGUUAGCUGUAGACCAACUUUUAAUGUUGAUAUAACAUUUAGGUGUAUUAUUUUUUUCUUCUUAUGUUAGUGAUAUUUUCAUUCCAAUCUGUAAAAAUCUUUCUGCUCAGUUAUAAGUUGAUGUGUGACAGAGUUAAGACAAAAGGUGUAUCUCCUGAACUGUGUAUCAGAUCCAGAUGUAAACACCUGGAAACAAAAGAUGUUGAUCUUUUGUCUCAUAUUGAUUUUUUUUUUAUGUGAAACCCAAAUGUUUUUAGUCUACAUCAAAAAACAAAGGGAUUGGCCUCACUGUUCCAAUAGUUUAGGAGGGGGGUGUACAGCUGUUUUAGUUUUAGGUAUGAAUUUAUUGAAGAAUGUCAUGGCUCUGGAUAGUAAUGAUAAUGCUGGUUAAAAACAAUGUGUCAUUGCUGUGUGGUGAAUGUCUUGCUAUGACUAGUGCACUGUGUGAUAAUUAAUAAACUUGGAACUUGUUUUGUUUCCUUUUGGUUCCGUCCUUACUUAUUAU